GCCGAGGGUUGAGGGUAUUUUAUGUUGGAUUUUAUUUUUUCGAAACUAUGUGCGAUAUUUGUUCUGUGGUUGUAAAUACUUCAUCAGUGGUUGAUUGCGUCUCGUAUUUAUGAAUUCAUCGAAGGGACCUAUACGCUUGUUGCAUGAAGCCUACAAGGAAGCACGAUGACAUCUGUCACAUUGCCGUCGAGCUCGGGUACAUUGAAUGGAGGAUAUUCAUCAUCGGUGGCAGAAAAAAUUCCAAACACCAAUACAGACUUCGAAGCUUUACGCACAAUAAAACGUUCCCUGAGCAUCACGUCAUCUGAGUCAUGCAAAAAACGAAGGAAACAAUCAACUCCAAUUCGAAUAUCAACCAAUGAAGCAGACAAUGUCGAAGGUAAGCCUAUCGUGCCUUCACCCGAACCAAUUAUUCGCCGUUCAGUUUGCCAGCAUCCCUUCUCGAAUUCUGAACAGCUACAGAACCACGCGUUAUGCGAGCAUCCUCCAUUAGAGUGCAAGAAAGAACCCGAAGAACACUCCAGCACGCCUUCAUCGUAUUUAGAGCCGUCUGAAGCGCCGAUGGGAUUGUCAAUGAUGCGCUCUGAUAUGUCGUGGGUAAAUGAAAUGCAAAGCAAAGAGUGGAUGGGUUCCAACUUAGCCAACCUUCCUUUCAAUCCAACCAAUCCUAUGUUUAUGGCUUUACCUCAAUUCUCGCACACCGAAAAUAUUUCCUUGAAGCCAAUAAGGAUUUUCAAUCCUGACGCUUACUGUGAUCUCUGCAACAAGGAAUUCUGCAACAAGUAUUUCCUCAAGACACACAAGGCCAAUAAACAUGGAAUUUACACAGAUUGUCCCACAUCGGAAACAUCGCAGCCAACGCUCGCAACAAACAUGAAACUAACGAAUGCCGUGCCAACAAUAGAACAACCAGGAGGAACUAUUAAUACCAAUACGAACGAAGCGAAAACCCCUGUGAAUUUGAUGAGUGCUUUCGGCAACAUUUUCCAGAACCCGUUCAAUUCGAAUCCGAAUCCCAACCCGAUGAGCAUGCCGGAGAACGAAGUCAACGACAACGUUGCCGUAUCGAACGGAGUAUCAUCUUCUAGUGGAAGCGACAAGAUAUUUUCAGACGAUCCACACGCCGAAGACAACUCUAGUCCUUGUAAUAUACAAACCGAAUCUACCUCAAUAAAAAACGAUCCCGAUGGAUUGUUUCAAGAUACAUCUAGCAAACUAUCGUCAGAUCAAACAGAUUUAUCAUAUCGUUUAAGAAGAAUCGGUGUCAUGAAUCCUAAAGCUUUCUGCGAGAUUUGUUGCAAGGAAUAUUGCAACAAGUACUUUUUGCGGACACACAAACUGAAGAGACACGGAAUUUACAUUCCGGACGACAAAGAAAAAGACGCUAAACUGGACAACGUCAUGACCAACGUGCAAACCAGCCCGUUGAAUCUCAUCAUGACCGAGCAGAACAGCUCGGACAGCAAAAUCACAUCGCCGACCAGCAUCGGUUGCGACAUCUGCGGUAUAAAAUUCCAGAACGCCAGCCUUGCUCAUUUACACAACGUCAGCGUUCACGGAAGGAUGUGCUCGGACGACGCCGAACGGACCGAAUCGAAAGAUUCCAACAAGGCCCCGGAAAAAUCCAAUCCCGAAGCCAUCAGCGAAGACUUACAGAAGCUCCAAACGAUGAUUCUCCAAUUGAACGACAUCAACACGAACAAAGCAUCGGCCAAUUACACCUGCACCAUUUGCAGCAAAGACUUCGAAAACCGGUUUUACCUACAAGCCCACAUGCUGGCCGAGCACAGCAUGCUGGUCGACGGGGAGCUGGAGAAGCCGGACACCGAGUCGUCGUCCAUUUGCGAAAUAUGCGGCAAGGAACUGGCGAACGUCGAGGAAUUGUCCAGACACGUCGUCGAUUUCCACUCCAACAGCCAAACUUUGAACGAAACCAUCAAAGACGAGACUAACGAUUACAACAGCGGCGGGGAGAAAUUGCCCAGAACGCCGAUACCCGGCGGGCACGUUCCGGAACGGAGAGUCUCCAUGAACAUCACGCCGACGAGCAGCUACUGCGAAAUAUGCAACAAGGAAUUGUGUAAUAAAUAUUUCAUGAAGACGCACAUGCAACGGAUGCACGGCAUAGAGAUCGAGAAUGGCGCGCAAAUCGGUGGAGUCGUUUGCGACAUUUGCAAUAAGGAGUUGUGCAGUAAAUAUUUCUUGCGCGUCCACAAACACAACACCCACGGCAUCAUCGAGUACGGCAGUAACCUGCUGCCGACCAGGAAAUCCGACGGGGAGUCCUCUUCCAUUUUACCAUCGAGCUCUGCUCCGUUGGAAGUGGCCGAUCCGGCGUUGAAGCCGGGCGAUUUGGCCGAUCUCAGUCACCGAUACUUCAGCCACUUCACUGAAGUCUGCACGAUCUGCAGCCGAAGGUUCAGAAGCACGAAAUGGCUGAAGGCCCACUUGGUCACCGACCACGGGCAAGCGGGAGCGGAAAAAUGGGCCGAAAUCGAGCAGCAGCUGCAACAAAACCGCGCUAACACUAAAUCCUCGACCCCGUCGGCUAGUCUCGAAGGUAGCCCGAACAUUAAGAUCCCCAACGGCGGACAAGAAGCUCAACAGAAAGUAGGAGUUCAGAAUUUUAUAUCCAGCUUAUUUGGAAUAGACGAAGGUAAUAAAAAGAUUUAUCAAUGUUCUUAUUGUCCGUUCACAUCACCGUUACUACCGCUGCUAUUCGUUCACGAGAGAUCGCAUUCCAUCAACAUGGAAGGAUUCCCAUUGAAAUCCCCGCAGACGAUGGUUGAAAGACAACCACUCCAACGUCAGAUGCUAUCGCAGCAUUCCUUCCUCUUUCCGAAUGCAAUCAAAGAAGAAGACGGAGGGAACUGCAAGGAGAAUUCCGAGGAUGCUAGUCGCCAGGAUGCCAUUGACAAACAGCCCGGCUUUCCAGCUAAAAUGAAGCAGAUCGAACUGUCGUCGGAGAUAGAAGAGUCUUUGAAAGACGUAGCCAAGAGGAUGCAAUGGCCGGCAACGUACGCGAUUCCUCAAAAUCAAAAUUUGAGCCAAAACGAACAGGAACAGGAGCAAGACGAGGCGUCUCCGUCUGCGUCCGCGUCAGCUUCGGCGUCCGCAUCUUUACCAUCAGGACCAGGGUAUGUAAUGCAGGCAUUUCUUUUGGAAGAAUCGACUUCCGAGCGCCGGGUCAUGCCCUCGGUUGUUUUCCUGCCCAUGCUACAGAAACAACCAACUCCUAUCACUGUUACUUUUACACUGACCCCGGCCUAACACAUCCUCACAUGUAGUUUGCAUAUAUGUGUUAUAUUUUUUUAAGAAACAAUCGAUGGCGAUUCCACGACACCUGUGAUUUUUUUAAUUUUAGUUAUAAUUAUUAUAUAAUCCUAAUAUAUAGAUAUAUAAGCGAUUCCUAUAUUUGCAAGUUACCUCAUAUAUUAUGAGAAGGAACAUAUGAGCACAUAUUUUUAUGCAAAUACGGAAAGACUGAGUGAAAUUUUUAUAUAGUCUGUUAAUUUUCACUUUAAUAUAUCGAGAUACUGAUGUUUUGUACGAUAAAGCUUUAGGUGAUGUUUAAAGAAGUUCCUAUUUUAUAUCUCGAUAUAAUAAUAUAAUUCACAAGUAUGUACGUAUUAUUCAUUUGUUAGAUGUAGCUUGCUCAACAGUCAGUUUUAAAUGUUCCGAGUACCUAGUCCAAGUAACUCAGGGUUAAGCUGAACAAAAAGUACAAUCAAAUAACAAAAUAUUAAACAGCCAUUACGCAAUUAUUGCGUUUAAGCGUCUCCACAAAAAUUGUUUCCACUCGCAACGACGCUUUCCUUAACGAGUUCCUGACUAGUAGCAUUAGGAUAACAAAAUGUAUGUCGUUCAAAUCAUUUUUUUUAACUUGGAUAGAUGAUAGAUGAUCUCUACUAAUUCAUUAAUAUUUCGAAUUUUUGAAAAAAAAACACACAAUUACCAAACGAUUGGGUCUCGUAAAUUCAACUCGUUUAAAAUUUACAACCAGUACAAAUUAGAGUAUUUUUAUUACCGAUAAAGAGAGCAUAAGAUUUUUUUCCUCAAAAUCAGUUAUACAUACAUAACCACAGUCUAAUGGAGCAUUUCCGAUAAUUUACGAGGCUCACUUUCCGGGCAAAAAAUGUAUUUUGCUCCGGUACAUUACGAACAAAAAGAGAUUCAUCUGUCAAGUCAUUCACUUGUCCUUCCUCACACUUGCGACUUUUUCUAUUGAAAACGAACUUGCUGGCGAUUUUUAAACCAUCAUCGCCUCGAUAUUUUUUUGAAAAAUUCGAAACGAUAAUACGAAGGUGACGCACUCGGCUCAUAGUCACUAGAAUGAAGAAUUUUACGGUUUAAAUGGGCGCUAAUGGACAAUGUAGUUUCGAUGUUCCCGCGGCCUCCCGAUGGCAGAAAAAUACCAGAAACGUUUAGUAACAAUAUUGUUAUUAGUUUUUUAUACAGAUUUUUAAAACUAGAUUUUAGAUUACUUAUACAUGAAGUAAAGGAGCUAUUGCUUUUGAAGUUCUAACGAAAACGGACCACAUCUGAACCCAAUAACCGUGUUUAUUUCAUUUUUAAUAUCAUUUUAAAGAGCAAAUGAUAAGUAAAUCGCGCUGUUAGGAA